AUGUAGCGCGGGGCGCGCGUGGACCCCUCCGCCUCUCCACACAAACACUCGAGACGCACAUCAGACGUCCAGCACUUUACCAACGUCCACACUUAUUUCUCUCCUUUGUUACGCGUUAUUUUGUCGGGCACUGUAGUUUUUCGCACUCGUGCACGGUUUUCCUCGCGUCUGGAGAUGUGGUGGAUGCUGUUUCCCAGAUGGAUUUGGUUUUUAUUCGGGCAAUUUUGCGUCUCGCGGUUGGACUUGCGCGCGAGAGCGUUGCCAAUGCCAAUGUCAAUGUCCAAAGUGGUUUAUUCUCACGCGGGGAUGUGUCCAAACGAGAUGAACCCGAACCUGUGGGUGGACGCUAUGAGCACCUGCGAGCGAGAGUGCGAGUCUGACCAGGACUGCGAGCCAUUUGAGAAAUGCUGUUUAAACGUUUGUGGAAACAAGAGCUGCGUGGCCUCCCGUUACAUGGACCUCAGGGGUAGGAAAGGUCCUAUGGGAAUGCCCAAAGGCAUCACCUGUGACAAAUUCAUGUGCACGCAACAAGGUUCAGAGUGUGACAUCUGGGACGGACAGCCGGUGUGCAAAUGCAAAGACCGUUGCGGACAAGAGCCCCGUUUCAUCUGCGCCUCAGACGGCAUGACCUACUACAACAAAUGCUAUUUAGAUGCGGAGGCCUGCACGAGGGGCACCACUCUCACCGAAGUCACCUGUAAGUUUCACCUUAGCUUCUCCAACACCAGCCCUCUUCCUGAGGAGACCACCGUUCGACCCACCACAGCUCAUCUUCAGACCACCCCUAUCGAUAUUCAAGCACCUAUCAUGGUCAGCAAUCCGAUGAACUACUUUGUGUUUGUGGGAGAAACCGCCAGCUUCCUGUGCGAGGUGACGGGUAAGCCAAAACCGGUGAUUACCUGGGAGAAGCAAAUUAAAGGCAAAGAAAGCACCGUGAUGGGACCCAACCACGUGCUCGGAAACAUAGUGGUUACUAACAUCGCCCAGCUGGUCAUAUACAACGCCCAAAUCCAGGAUGAGGGCAUCUACACGUGCACUGCCAAAAACCUGGGUGGAUCCGUCCAGGCUCAUUUUCCACUCUCUGUGGUUCCGAGAGAGCAGACCAAACCUAAACCGGUGGUGAAUAUCACUCGCUUACCACCUGAGGAAUGUUCGAAAGAACCGGAUAUGGAUGUUUGCGGAGAGGAGAGCGUUAGUUGGUACUACGAAGCCAAGGGAAACAACUGCUUUACCUUCACGUACAGCCAGUGCGACAAAAACAAAAACCAUUUUGACACGUACGAGUCAUGCAUGGCUUCGUGCAAAUCGGAGAUUGCUGCCCCAUGCACUUUACCAAGCGUACAGGGGCCUUGCAAGUCAUACAAACCGCGUUGGGCCUACUUUCCUGCGCUAAAGAAAUGCCAGCCUUUCGUUUACGGAGGGUGUGCCGGAAAUAAAAACAACUUCGAGAGCCAGGAAGCUUGCGAGGAGAAGUGUCCCUUCCCCAAGAUCAAGAAUUGUAAGCAGUGCAAGCCCAGGCAGAAAAUGAUCCCCAGCUUCUGCAAGAGUGACUUUGUGGUCCUGGGGCGAAUUUUGGAGAUUAAGGAAGACCAGGAUUCUGGCCACGCGCUCAUCACCAUGGAGGAGAUCUUAAAGGACGAGAAGAUGGGACUGCGGUUCUUCCGGCAGGAACCUCUGGAAGUGACGCUGCUCAAUAUGGAUUGGAAAUGUCCCUGUUUGAACGUGACCAGAGCGGAGAGUCAAAUGAUUAUAAUGGGAGACGUUCACAAUGGCAUGGCCGUCCUGCAGCCCGACAGCUUUGUGGUCGCGUCAACCGCAAGGCGCAUUCGUAAACUCCGUGAGCUCGUCAACAAAAAGCCUUGCGAUAUUUUGAUGGAGUUCAGCAACGCAAAGUACUAGGGAAGUUUCGAUGCAAUGCCAACCUUGGACGUCACAUACGGAUUUGUCUUGCUGUGUAAAAAAACAACUACUACAAUCAUGUCAAAUUGCUGCUAUUUUGCAGCAUGGAGGAUGGAGAGACGAAUAUUGUGAAUUGAACUGUGUAAAUGACUUUAUAGGAACAUAUUAUCUUAUUUACGUCUACACGUUGUAGUACGAGUACAGUUGUUUUAGUUUGACUAAAAACCUCAGAUCUUGUAUAAAACCAGACUCUGUACCUGUCUCAGAACGAAGGCCUUGCAAGGCAGUCGCUGAACUUCAGCCGAAACAGGUGGUUAAACUUUACUAACUAUUUAUGCUUCACGAAGAAUGCAUUCGAUUUGAAAGCCAUGUCAUUCGUAAACAAAAAAAAAUGACAUGUUAAAUACUAUUGCACCUUAUUUUUAAUUCAUUUUUAUUUUAGUUUUUGUUCCAUUUAUUUAUUUUAACACCGUACUUUUACGUUACUACCAUAAGUUG